GAUUUUCUCAGUAUAUCAUCUGGUGGCAAAAUAUUUUGACAACGUAAAUACCACGCUUCUGCGCGAAAAUUCAUUUAAUAAUAAAGUACUUGAAAGAAAAAAAAUCUCGUUCGAAUGAAAACACUUGUAAUAACAAGAAUUAUAAAUAAACUUGCCUUUUAAUUGCCAUAAAAAAUGGACAAUUAAUUAAAAUCCAAAUAUUUGUGUGGAGUCGUAGUUUGACAUUUAGCAUUGUUUGAGGAACGUAUAAAUUGCGUUCAAUUUUCUUUUCCAACUAGUAAUAAGACAAGCUUGGGCUACUCGGUCGGAUAUGAAUUCCUAUCACGAUCGGAAUAAUUACAUUGUGCAAUCCAGCUCCUGUGCCAGAUCUUUGAGAGGCAUCCAUUGCCACAGUCAUCGACAUAAACUUCUAGUGGUGCAGCGCGCCAGCAGCAAUGUUUCAGAAAUGUAAAAAUAAAACCAUGCGCUCUGAUGAUGCCCUAGCACUAGUUAGACAGAACUUUUUGUGUGGUACGCCUAUUAAUCAAAUAUAUUGGCACGGCCUUCUAGACGACAUCAGCUGGGAAGAUCAAGAAAAGUUAUUAGACAUCACGGUGAAUAAUCCGCUCGUGGUUCAAUAUCCUUUGAAAGUAGCAUACCAGAUAGCAUUUUUAAAGCAUAUUAUACACCAUCUGAACAAGAUGAACGUAGAACAGCACGAUCAGCUUUACGAGAGGUAUUGUAGUUUACUAACUCAAUCAGGAAUGGAGGACCAAGCUGGAUUCAGCUUCAAACAUUACGAAUUACCUGGCAAUGAUGUGAUUACUUUGAAGGAAUCAUCUGCAUUCAUAUCGGAGGGAACAACGGGUUUAUGUAGUUGGCAAGCAUCGAAAGCAUUAUGUGAGUUUAUUACCAACAACCCCGAAGAAUUCCACGGCAAAAAUAUAUUAGAACUUGGUUCAGGAGUCGGACUGACUGGAAUAUUCAUGGCAAAACACUGUGAACCAUCCAUGAUAAUCCUAUCCGAUUGCCAUGGCUCAGUGAUUGGCACAUUGAAGCAAAACGUUGAGAUGAACUUUCCCAAGGGCGCAAAGGUCGAGACUGAUAACCCACUAGUGAAAUGUUUGGUCGAUAAUGGAGAUUCAAUAGUCGGUGUGAUGGAUCUCGACUGGAGCUAUAUCAAUGCAUCGAAUAUCAAUCAAUUGAUUGAACCAGAUGUACUUGUCGGUGCGGAUAUAGUAUACGACCCGGCUCUGUUUCAACCCUUAUUCACCGCAAUCAACUACGUGUUCACACUUACGAACAAUCAGUGUAAGUUCGUUUUGUCGUGCACAGAACGCAACCAAGACACGUUAAAUAACUUUUUGGAACUACUAGUAACUGCCAAAUUCCGAAUAAAUGAGGAAACAGUAUACGCACCUAAGCAUUUUCAGUGGGAUGCAACAGCCUCAAAGAUAAGAAUAUUCUCCAUAUCACGGGAUUGGAGCUUUCAAUAAAUCAACCUAGGAAACUCUCAACGUUCAACUUUCAUCAACUACCUAUUAUGUGAAAUUUACCAAGUUCCUUCCACAAAAAAGUCCACGUGUUUAUCUAUUAGAAUGUGAACAUUUACAGCUUUUGCCUUACGCUAUCUAAUAUUGUAUUUGCUUCCAAUAGGUCAUGUUGUAGUUUACACUUUUCACGCUGUUUAAAGCGCUUGCGGCUGGUUAAUGGAAUAGGUCAAACUAUUUAUUACGGUUUCUGCAAAUAAAAGACAAACAAGUUUAGUUAAUAGUUCCAC